AUGGCGAGGAAACUAAAGGGCAAGGCCAGUGCCAAGGGCCUUAAGGGCGCGUUGGCAAGGUACCAAGAAUCUGAGCAGACAAAAGCAAAGGUUAAGAGGAAACUGGAGCACGAAUCUUCAAAGGGUAAGUCAAGUAAGCAAGUUAAUAGAAAUAGAAAACUGCAACAAGAACACGAGAAGAAGUUUGUACCCUUUCUACCAGAUUCCACGCUACUUUUAGUUGGCGAGGGCGAUUUUUCUUUUGCGAAGAGUAUCUUGGACUGUGGGUACAUCAAGGCGGAAAAUCUCAUCAUUACCAGCUAUGACAGUGGAGUGAAAGAGCUGGAGCUUAAGUACCCCAAGUCAUUCAGGGAAAACUAUGAUUACCUAGUGUCUGAGAGUGUUCGUAUCUUCUUCAACAUAGACGCAACAAAGCUUGUUUCCAGCUUCAAGCUAUCUAAAAAGAAUCCAUGGCAGAAAGUCAUGGGCCCUGAAUGGAAAGCUAAACCACUGGAAAAUGUGUUGUUCAACUUUCCACAUACGGGUCAUGGCAUAAAAGACCAGGACCGCAACAUCAGAGAGCAUCAAGAGCUACUAUUCGGAUAUUUUGAUAGCUGUAAACAACUAUUCAAGCUGGCGAAUAAGAAGGUAGGUGAUGACCAUCUUUCCGGAUAUGAAGUAGGAAAAGAACAAUCAUCUGAUGAUAUGGGGAGGAUCAUUUUGUCCCUAUUUGCCGGUGAUCCAUACGAUUCUUGGCAGCCUAAGGUACUUGCCAAGGAGAAUGGUUUAAAGCUCGAGAGGUCGCACAAAUUCCAGUGGGAUACCUUCCCAGGAUACCGUCAUAGGAGAACUAACAAUGAGCAGGAUACGACUAAGCCUGCAGCCGAGCGUGAAGCUAGAAUUUUCAUUUUCGAGAAAAACGAUGGCAAGAGGCAUAACCAGUCUAAGCGCCGGUCAAACGACUCCGAUUCAGAAUAA